UUUACAAAGUCUACAUUUUCCCUCAGAAGAGACAGAGUACAUUUCUGCGAGUGGUGAAGUUAAUCUCCAGAACAAUUUUCAGAAGAAAUGGUCUCUCAUAUAAAUCUGAGAAAUGUGUUUAUAGUGCUUCUGGCUGUGGAAGAAGCUACGGUGCUGUUCACCAGUGCACGUCUAGAAGCUCCGUCGCUUUCAUUUCGAUACGCAAGUGAUGAGAAAGACGUCAGACUGCUCUCAGAUGUGACUUUGAAGUGCCUCAUCCCAAAUGGAGCCCCCUACCCGGUCAUGACGUUCUUGGGUAGGGGCAUCAAGCCUUCUGAAGCGGUCUCUUCUAAUCCAAAUUCGUAUUCGUCCUCUGUUUCAUUCACUGUGAAGGCAAUCGCAGAAAAUGAGGGUCUCUACACCUGCUGGUAUAACAAAAGUACACGCCCCGAGGCAUCGAACUUCAGCGCGCCCAUCAACCUAACAAUUUCUUCACUUUCUCCACCUGCUAUCUCCUUGGUCCCCAUCUUCAUUCCCACAGGAAGGAAUUUCACCAUUUUUUGUGAAGCACCCAAUGAGCUCUCUAAUAUAACCCUCAGUCUCUUUAGACAUGAAAAGGAUCCUACAACGGGCAACGAGUCCCUCAGCUUGAUUGGUUCACUGACUCUUCCUGACAGCCACAAGGCAAUUGAGUACAAGAAGACCGAUGUUACUUCGGAUCUCAAUGGACGCUUUUCCUGCAGCAUGGAAGUGUACUAUAAUAAUCGCCUAUUGAGGUCAAAGAACUCUUAUCCUGUAGACGUGUUUGUGGAAGAGGCACCUGUGCGUCUUGUUUCACUGUUUCCUGGCACCACCUGUGGCGGAAGACUGGAGGUGUAUGCUAGAGGCAAUUGGAAUUCUGUUUGCCGGGGAAAAAGGGAUUAUGAAUCUAAGCUUGCCGAUAUUGUCUGCAGGGAGAUGGGUUGUGGAAAUUACGGAAACGUGCUCUUUAUAGAGAGCUCAGAUAUCGAGUGGAAUAAGGGCUCUCCUUUCUUGGGAGAUGUGACCUGCAGUGGCAGUGAGAGACGACUGAGGGACUGCAAUGUUGGACACAUCUAUGCUACCUGCUAUGAAUUUGAAAAACUGGCAAUCAUUUGCAAAGAUUUCCUUCCUCCUCCAGUAAUCUCCCUCAGUGGAUAUGGAGCCAUCAAAGAGGUAUUUCUUUAUGAAGGAAGUGCACCUGAAAUAUCCUGUACAUUGACAGCACCUUGGCUGGAAAACAGGCCGAUUCUGAUCAUUGCCAGAGAGUUGGACACUUUAAGGAAGGUUGGUACAAAGCGGGUAACUUCUGGGGAGCCUGCCUACUUCAAUCUGGAUCCCUUGACUGCACCCAGAGAGUAUACUUGUGAAGCUGAGUUUUAUGGCUUCUCUAAAAAUAUAUAUUCUUCUGGAGAGACUCUGAAAAUCACCACUGGAAAAAGCUACGCUGGAGUGAUUGCUGGUGCUGUGAUUGUGACUCUGAUUGGAGUUGGUCUUUUUUUCUUUCUGUGCUGGUGUCGAGCUAAAUAGGAACACACCAUGCAGUUCAUGCUACAACUGCAGUCCAUAAAGCUUUGCUGGUCUUUAAAGUAUUUAACAAAGACUAAAGCUGGAAAAACUGGAUGCUCCGAUUUCAAACUCUCCAUUUGAUGGUUUUCAUCACAACCAGCUUCUCCACAGUGCAAGUAAAUUAAUGUAUUAACUGUUACUGUUAUUGCUUUGCUUUCAGGCAAUGCUUUCAAAGUAAUCUUUUUGACAAAAACUCAAUUUUAAGCUACCAACUCCAUAUGCUUUCAACUACCUUUUGAUUUAUGAGGUUUUAUGGAAUGUACAGUAAAUACAUUAUCAUCUGUUGUUGCUAGGCUCAGAUUGCUAUUACAUAAAAAAUAUGAAAUUCAAAUAAUUUCAGCUGACAAAGAAUUAACUGCAGUUCCAUUAAGUGUUCUUCAGUUUGUUCUGGUUUCAAGUCGCUUGGAUAGAAACAGCAAAAGGUGAGUUGUCAGGUUGAACAGCUGGUAAUUUUUUUCUGCUUAAGCCAUACCAGUCGAAAUAAGUCACCCACCCAUUAGCAUAGACAGCAAAGAAAUCACUGUAUCUGGAGAACGUUUGUAUUUUCAACUAUUCAACAGCACUUUUGGCACCAAACCUUUCUUACGUUCUGAUCAUGUAAAUCACACACACUCCCUGAAAGUUUAAAACUUACACUCAAAGGCAUUUGAACAUUUUACAAUGCCCUUUGCUCUUAUUCAAAUGAUUUAAUGACUGUUGGAUAGAGACACACCAUCAAACUUUAAAAGCUUAUAAAUAUAGAAACCAAACAUUCAGGGGCUUGUCUUUUAUAUAAUUGAUAGGACUUACAGUAUAAUUUACUAAUCACUAAUAGGCGAAUGGUCUAGACUUGGGUUCUGGGCUUGUAUAUUUGUAGCCAAAUGUGAAAUACCCAUACAUGUGGAAACAUUUAAGCAAUGUUGUGUGCAAUGUUCUUUCAUGUUUGCACCUGUUUGUGUGAUUUUUGUAUUCUUUAUUUUACCUGUUACUACUCUUUUCUAUUGUCUUCCUGUUAUAGUUGUCUUUAUGCAAAUAUGACACAAAUGUCUGUUGGAAGGCUGGUUCUAGAUCAGUUACUGGGUUCAAUUGGCAAACACAGCCCGAGAGCAUUGUGUAAUACAGUACACUAUAAAAAUCGCAGAGCAAGAACUACAGAUUUAACAAUAAUACUAUACAUGAAGUAUCAUUAUAUGGAAUUAUGUUGUUUUGUUGGCUUGUGAUAAAAUUAAAUUCGUACAUGUA